AUGAGUAUUGGAUGGCGGAAAGGAACUAACCUGGAAGAGAAAUUUAUUGGAAUACUCAACAGAGUUGCUUGUUCGACAGGCAAUUCGACUACAAAACUUUCCUACGUCCCUUUAUAUCAAGCCAAACCUUUAAAAUCACAAUCACUACAUACCGUCAGUACAAAUAAGUCAUCUUCAAAUAAUCGAAAUCAGAGAGGAGGAGAACUUCGUCUUUUUGUUCGCAUGAUUGUUGAUUCCGAUGAUGAUUCCGAACCGAGGCAGAAAAAUGUAUACCAGCUCUGGAACUUUGUAAAUUCUAAAUAUGAAAAUUUCUACACACCAGAAGAUUCCAAUACCAUGAUAGUCAUUAAAGGAAAAAAAAAAUCCACAUUCAACCAUUUGAAAACUCCUUCUAGAGCAGCUUUGAUCAUUUGCGAUGUUGCCAAAAUAGGUACAAUCAUCAAAUGUUUCCAGAAGGUACCUAAACGAUUCGAGGGCAAAGACGAAGCAUGUAGACAGUCUCAAAUCACACCAUCCAAUGGAAAGGCUGCAACAAAUUCAAUCCUGUUAAUACUUGCAGAAAAUUAG